UCACAACACGACCAAUAGCACAUUUCAUUGAACAAAACGUGACACCCCACUCCAAUAUAUAAUAAACACCCAUCUCCACCAAUCAACUCCAAUUUCUUCAAACCUCCUCCAUCACCACCACCACCAUGGCCGGCGGCGAUUCCACCCCACCCUACCACCCAACAAACAAACCUUGCAAAUCCCCCUCACUCUUCAACUGCAAAAAAACCAACCUUUACUCCUUUGUAGCUUUCCUUUGCAUCAUUUCCUAUCUCCUAGGUGCAUACCAUCAAGGAAACCCAAAAAACAUCACAACAAAAACAAUAGCCAUUAACACAAACACCAACCCAUGUACCCAACAUCAAAACCAAAACAAAAACCCAACCUUUAGCACAACCCAUUUAGAUUUUUUCUCCCACCACAACGCCACCGACCCAACAACCUCAUCUUUCACCUCUUCAGCAACGAAACACUACCCUCCAUGUAGCGAGAGUCUUAGCGAGUACACACCCUGUGAGGACCAAAAACGUUCCCUGAGAUUCUCACGUGACAGGAUGGUGUACCGCGAGAGGCACUGCCCGGUGAAGAGGGAGCUUUUGAAGUGCCGCGUUCCUCCGCCUCACGGUUACAAGAAUCCGUUUCCGUGGCCGGCGAGUAGGGAUCUGGCGUGGUAUGCUAACGUGCCCCACCGUGAGCUCACGGUGGAAAAGGCCGUUCAGAACUGGAUCCGCUACGACGGCGAUAAGUUUCGGUUCCCAGGCGGCGGUACAAUGUUCCCCGACGGCGCCGAUAAGUACAUCGACGACAUCGGAAUGUUGAUAAACCUCAAAGACGGUUCGGUUCGGACCGCUGUCGAUACUGGCUGUGGGGUUGCUAGUUGGGGAGCCUAUCUUCUAUCCCGUGACAUCGUAACAAUGUCAAUUGCACCAAGGGACACGCACGAAGCACAAGUUCAGUUUGCUCUUGAACGAGGAGUUCCUGCUAUAAUUGGAGUCCUAGCCUCAAAGAGACUCCCUUUCCCCUCCAGAGCUUUUGACAUGGCACACUGUUCUCGCUGCCUCAUUCCAUGGGCUGAAUAUGAUGGGCUUUUUCUAAAUGAAGUUGAUCGAAUUCUUCGGCCUGGAGGGUAUUGGAUUCUAUCUGGGCCACCAAUCCGCUGGAAGAAAUACUGGAAAGGAUGGGAAAGAACAAAGGAGGAUUUGAAUGAAGAGCAGACCAAAAUUGAGAAGGUAGCCAAAAGCCUAUGCUGGAACAAGCUAGUGGAGAAGGGUGAUAUUGCUAUUUGGCAGAAACCCAAAAACCAUUUAGAUUGCAAAGCCAACCGUAAGCUAACCCAAAAUAGGCCUUUCUGCCAGGCCCAGAAUAACCCUGAUAAAGCCUGGUACACAGAUAUGCACACAUGUUUGAGUCCUCUGCCUGAAGUGUCUAACAGGGAAGAAACUGCAGGUGGAGAAUUGGAAAAUUGGCCUGAGAGACUAAAAGCCACCCCACCAAGGAUUUAUAAGGGUACCAUAAAAGGGGUUACACCUGAAACUUUCUCAAAAGAUAAUGAGUUGUGGAAGAAAAGGGUAUCAUAUUAUAAGAAGGUUAAUAAUCAACUAGGAAAAGCUGGGAGAUACCGUAACCUUAUAGACAUGAAUGCUUACUUGGGUGGAUUUGCUGCUGCACUAAUUGAGUAUCCUGUUUGGGUCAUGAAUAUAGUUCCUGUUCAGGCUAAGGUUGAUACACUUGGAGCAAUUUAUGAACGGGGUUUGAUUGGAACAUAUCAUAAUUGGUGUGAAGCAAUGUCUACUUAUCCUAGAACUUAUGACUUAAUUCAUGCUGAUUCAUUGUUCAGCCUUUAUAAUGACAGGUGUGAAUUGGAAGACAUUUUGCUUGAAAUGGAUAGAGUUCUUAGACCUGAAGGAAGUGUGAUUAUUCGAGAUGAUGUUGAUAUAUUGGUAAAGGUGAGAAGUAUAGUCAAUGGCAUGGAUUGGGAUAGUCAAAUUGUGGACCAUGAAGAUGGGCCUCUUGAAAGGGAGAAACUUUUAUUUGCUGUAAAGAAAUAUUGGACAUCUCCUGCUGCUUCUGACAAGACUAGUUAAAUAUACUUUUGAUCUUUUAUAGGCCCCUUUCAUUUUAGUUUUUCUCUUUUGAUGCUUUAGUUUUCUUUCCUUUUUUUUCUUUUCUGUUUUUGGUAAGUUGUUAAUUGUCAUUCUUUUGUAUUUUUUUUUUCUUCUUCAAUUCUUGGGGCUUGUGCAAGGAAAUUUUGUUGAAUGCAAAUUCAGUUUAACUGUGCAGAACACU